AUGGUCCGGCUGGCAUUACCAUCCCGAUUGAGCUCGCACCUCUCCGCGCGCAGCGCGUCGUCCACCCCCGGCCAGAGCCGGAGCACGAGUCCUAUGAGAUCAUCAGAAUUGAAACCUUUGCUACUCAAGGUCUCGGUGAUUCGGUAUUUGGUGAUUACAUUAGGAGACGCCAGACAGUCGACGCCGACGGUAUUCAAGACCCUGAACCCCGAAUGGAACGUUUCGUUCGAGAUGCCCGUCCUGGGCGUGCCGUUGCUGGAAGGAAUAUGCUGGGAUCAUGAUCGGUUCGGCAAGGACUAUAUGGGCGAGUUCGACAUCGCAUUGGAGGACUUGUUCACGGAUGGUCAAUUGAAUCAAGAGCCUAAAUGGUACACCCUCAACUCGAAGCGCAAAUCCUCCAGGAAGAAGGACAGCACCGUAUCGGGCGAAAUCCUGCUGCAGUUCUCCCUUGCCGAUCCCGCCAAUCCCGCUGCUACGCCGCUGGACAUUCAUCGCAAAUUUAAGAAAAUGGUCUACUCAGGAGACGAAGAUGACCAAAUACCGCCCGCCGCGUUUGAAGACCUCGAUCAGGACGAUGAGACUUCCGACGAGGCCGACGAAGUUAUAGGAUCGGAACCAGUGGAAAAGCGUCGCCGGCGGCUUCGGUUGGCCCGUCUUAGACGCAAGUCUCUGGCAGCUCGUGCAUACCAGUUCUCUGGAUCCGGGACCGGUGUACAAGGUAUUGUGUUUAUGGAAAUCGUCCGCGUGACUGAUCUGCCCCCUGAAAAGAAUGUGACAAGGACAUCAUUUGACAUGGAUCCUUUUGUGGUCACCUCACUGGGAAGAAAGACGCUGAGAACGCCAGUCAUUCGACACAACCUGAACCCGGUGUAUAACGAAAAGAUGGUCUUCCAGGUAAUGCGACACGAGCAGACCUAUACCAUUAGCUUCACCGUGAUGGAUCGGGAUAAGUUCUCGGGCAACGACUUUGUCGCCUCAGCAGGCUUUCCCCUCCCGAACCUCGUCCAGUCCGGUCCAGAGGCAGACUCUGAGACUGGUCUGUACCACUUCACGGAGGAGCCGGGUGAGGUCGAUCCCACUACCAGUGCCAAAUUUGGCACGCGGUCUGGUGUCAGUCCGUCGCGGAGUGCAAUCAGUCCUUCGCAUUCAUCAUCCAGUCUUUCAAGAAUGGCUCGGCCGAUCUUGCGAACCCGCAACUCUUCAACUUCUGUUUCUAGCCAGUCGAUUCCUGAAGCAUCAGCAUCAACUCUGCUCGCACCGUCUUCUCUUCCAUCAUCUCUUCCGGAAGAGCUAGACAAUUCUAGUACUCUGCAGGUGCCCCCCACAUCUAACAUGUAUGAUGGGGAUACGACACCGCCACCUGACGCGGAGGGAUUUAGACCUUUUGCGAUCCCUCUUAUGCUCAAGAAUCGAGAACGGUGGGAGGACAAGCACUCGCCGGUCCUUCACGUCAAAGCGAAAUAUUUGCCUUACAGUGCUCUGAGACAACAAUUUUGGAGACUGAUGCUUAAGCAAUACGACGCAGAUGAGAGCGGUCGCAUUGAUAAGGUUGAGAUGACAACAAUGUUGGACACGCUAGGCUCAACGCUGAAAGAGUCAACAAUCGACAGCUUCUUCGAGCGCUUCAGCGAAGAAAACGAAGCCAAUGACACAGACGACCUGUCCUUCGACCAAGCAGUCAUCUGCCUAGAGGACACGCUCCAGACUUUACAGAAGAGAAACUCGUUGGCCGUUCCCAGAGUUCCCCAACCUUCUUCGUCAAACUCUGGAAGCCAGGAUAGUGACCCAUCCAGCAGUGAUGAGCAGACACUAGAAGGCAGCGCUACUGUUGCAGCCAAUACCGACCCCCAACGAACACAAGAUCCCGCUAUUUCAAGUGAAGAUCAGAGCUCAACCGACGAAUACCUUCAGCCUGAUGAUCUUGUCGAUGAAAGGGGCGAGGAACACGUGGUGGAAAUCCGCGAGUGCCCUCUUUGCCAUCAGCCACGUCUCGCAAAGCGCUCGGAUGCAGACAUCAUCACACACAUUGCCACAUGCGCAAGCCGUGAUUGGCGACAGGUUGAUAAUCUGGUUAUGGGUGGCUUUGUGACAUCCAGCCAGGCGCAGCGCAAGUGGUACUCUAAAGUCAUCACGAAGAUUUCAUACGGCGGUUACAAGCUUGGAGCGAACUCCGCCAACAUUCUUGUUCAGGAUCGUAUCACAGGUCAGAUUAACGAGGAACGCAUGAGCGUCUACGUGCGACUUGGAAUCCGACUGCUAUACAAGGGCAUCAAGAGUAGGGAUAUGGAAAAGAAGCGAAUUCGACGUGUGUUACGGUCUUUAAGUGUCAAGCAAGGUCGCAAAUAUGACGAUCCAGCCUCGGCAUCUCAGAUCCAGGACUUCAUCAAUUUCCAUCAGCUGGAUAUGUCUGAGGUCCUGAUGCCCAUUGAAAAGUUCCGCAACUUCAACGAGUUCUUCUACCGUGCUCUCAAGCCCGAGGCCCGUCCAUGCUCUGGUCCGAACGAGCCAAAGAUCGUUGUGUCUCCCGCCGACUGUCGCUCAGUUGUCUUCGAUCGCAUGAGCGAUGCAACUGGUAUUUGGGUAAAGGGUCGUGAGUUCUCAAUCGAAAGGCUGUUGGGUGACGCCUACCCGGAAGAUGCUGCUCGGUACCGAAACGGCGCUAUGGGAGUGUUCCGCCUGGCGCCUCAAGAUUACCACCGCUUCCACAUACCCGUUGACGGCAUCAUGGGUGAACCCAAAACGAUCGAGGGUGAGUAUUACACGGUGAAUCCCAUGGCAAUCCGAUCUUCUCUAGAUGUAUACGGUGAAAACGUUCGCAUCCUCGUUCCCAUUGAUUCCGUCGAGCACGGCCGCGUCAUGGUUGUCUGUGUCGGUGCCAUGAUGGUAGGCAGCACAGUCAUUACCCGGAAAGCCGGCGAGAAAGUCUCACGAGCUGAGGAGCUGGGCUACUUCAAAUUUGGUGGUAGCACCCUUCUGGUCCUCUUUGAAGAGGGCAAGGUCAACUUUGACACGGACCUGGCGGAUAACUCCAAGGGUCCUUUGGAGACUUUGAUCCGCGUUGGUAUGUCUGUCGGACAUAGCCCCGACAUCCCUCAGCAUGAGCCCGACAUGCCCAAGAAGGCAGAGAACAUCACUGCAGAGGAGAUGCAAGAAGCUAAGCGGCGUAUCGAGGGCAGUCUAGCACCCCCAGGCAACCCCUCAACCAUGCUCAAAACGAUCAAAUGA